UCCCAAAAAAACUACUCUACAGGGUAGUUAAUUGAAAAUUUAUAGUUUAUGGAGACCCUUAAUUACUUGCAUUCACAGUUUUUUUUUUUUUUUUUUCAUUCUGAGGACAGUUUAAGCAUGGCAGUUGUUAUGGUAUAUUUUAUUUAUCAUUUUCUUUGGACGGACUUCCCAAAGGAGAUAUAUAUAUAUCUCUCUAUAAUAAUAAGCGCGUAUUGUGCUUCUGCAGGAAUGAACAGUGAAUUCACAUAUUUCGUUUUUUUUUUUCCGUAUUUAUUGCAUAGUUACUUUUUUAACUUUUUGUUUUCUUCCUUUGUGUCUGUUUAUAUAAGGAUGUUUUGGUCUUUAGUGAGAUUGUGACAGUAAUAUUUUUUCAUUCGUCUCUCUCUUCUCUCUUAUCUCUUUGUCUCCGCUCUCCAUCUUGCUGAACCUCUCUCUCUCUUCGUUUUUGAAUCUAUGUAUUAUUUUGUUUAUAGAUUUGAUGAUCUGUGAUUUUUGUUUACAGAAGAGAAAAAUAUUACUCCGAUUGGCUUGAAGAUCGUGGUAAUUUCAACUCCAUGUCUUUUUGCUUUUCAACUCCUCCUCACCUAUUGAUGUUAAGCUAACCUAAUCUUUGUUGGGUUUCCAUCCUACAGUUUUACGGAUUCUUGCCAUUUUAACGGUCCAAUUAAUUCUAUCAAUUCCUCUUCUUCGUCGUAUAUAGCCUCCACAAAGCUUAGAGAGAGUGACUCGAGUCUCGAGAGUUUCUAUCAGUUUCGAAACAUGCAGCGUGAGGGUUUUUGGAUCGGCCGUGGCGGAGAUCUGAAAACGAGGUAGGGUUUCGUUGGGCUGAUGAGCAUCACCACGAGGAGCCGAAGCAAGAGUCUUUGAUUGAGAAGAUAUCGGAGAAGAUACCCGGCGUCGGCCAUCAUGAUUCCUCGUCGUUGGAUUCGGGCGACGAGAAGAAAAAGAGCAGCUCUUCUUCUUCUUCUCCUCCUCCUUCUCUUUCUCCUUCGUCGAUGAAGUCCAGUGCAUGAUCCAACAGCUACGAUCCCACUGCACUUCACAUCACCUUUUUGACCAAAAGACUUCAGACCAGAUUCUCAUCAUUUCGUCUUGUUCCUUCCCAUCACCCCCAAAAUGUACGGACGAACUCUGGUUGGGCGUGAGGGGCAGCAGGAAAGGGAAGGCUAGUAACGGGUCUACUUGGGAAGUAGCGGUGGAGGCCGUGACGAUGCGAGAGCGCUUGGCGUUCUUGCGAGAGCCGCUGCCAACGGGUAUGUCUCGGAGGGUGCCGCCGCGAGUCCAGUAGCGGCGGCAGGACUUGCAGAAGUGGCGGGGCUGAGAGAAGUUGUAGUUGUUGUAGUAACAGAACUUGGUGUUGGUGGAGUUGCAGUGAUAAAGAGAGCUGUGAAGCGGCUUCUUGUUCUGUAGCCUCAUCCUAGCGAUCCUUUUCAAACUCUUUAAACUUCAAACUUUUAAACCCUAUGAGUUCCCAAUUCCAUGUCCUAAAAUUUCAAUCUCUGUAUCUCUUACGGACUCUUGCUUACGGACAUGGAUAGAAAAGAUACAUGCGUGCAUAAAUGCCAUUGCCAUUGAAAACUGGCUGCAGGGAUCGAGAGAGAGAGAAGGGGGCGACCAGUAGUGAUCCCGGCCAUCUCAAAAGCAGAAAUGGUGUUGAAAUGAAGGAGCGUCAGCGGUGGCAGCCAGUGGAAGAUGCACUCCUCAGAGCCUACAUUAAGCAAUAUGGCCCCAAAGAGUGGAAUCUCGUCUCCGUUCGCAUGGGGCAGCCCCUCCAUCGCGACCCCAAGUUUUGCCUCGAGCGCUGGAAGAACUACCUGAAGCCCGGCCUAAAAAAGGGCUCUCUCACCACGGAAAAACAGUCCCUCGUCGUAUCCCUCCAGGCCAAGUACGACAACAAGUGCAAGAAGAUCGUCGCCGAGGUCCCUGGACGCACGCCAAAGCGCCUCGGCAAGUGGUGGGAGGUCUUCAAGGAAAAGCAGCUCAAACAACAGCAGCAGAACCAGAAGAAGAAGAACGGUAGUAACGCACCCGAAUAUGCCGACUGUACCGACGCGAAUAUUCCAGUUGUGGAAUCUCCGGAGAAGGCCGCCCACUGCACUAACCAAACAGCUAAUUGUACUGGCAACGACAAGACCCCACUCGAUCAUGAUCAUGAUGAAUCGAAAACCAGGCUUAGUGAUUGGGCCACCUUUGAUCGUUUGGUGGCAUCGCAACUUAAUGGUCAACAGGAGGCAGCCAAGCAACUCGCAUCAGAUAUAUUUAAUUAUAAUAAUAUAAUAUAAUUUUGCAUGAUUUCUCAUUCAUCAUCAUGUCUUUAGCGUUCCAAUUGUCAAUGUAACAUCAGUUGUCAAUUGCAUAUAUAUAUUUAUAUAUAGUUAGUUAGGUUCUCUUAAUUUUCUUUUGUCAUUUUUUAAAAGAUGUAAAUUAUAUUUUAUUCUCACAAAUAAGACUGAUCUUUAUUUUAAGAUAUUUGAGGGAGAAGACUGACAUGAUUUUUUAGGCUAAGCAAGUACAGUUAGGGCUUAUUUUUAUGA